GCGCAGGGGAGGGGAGGGGGAGGGGGAGGGGAGAGAGAAGAAUAGAAAUACUAAGUGCCAAAUUAAAAAACGAAAAUACAAAAGUGGAGGCUCAACAACAACAGCAGCAGCAAAGGGACUUGGAGUGGUGGACAUCUUCGCAGAUUUGCCAGACUUGUCUUUACUCUUUCCCCCAUCUAUCCCCUUUUUUUCACUAUCCGACGGCAAUGGGAGUAGGAUCAGGAACUUCUUCCAAGCUCAAAAAUGCAGCCAGGAAGAUGAUGGUUGCUGCAUGCGGCUCCUUCUCCAGGAAUAGCCCUCCUCGUAUGUCGGUGUCACCCACAAAGCCAAAGAGGAAGUCGGAAGCUGAAGCCGGAAUUGAAGCAGAAUCCUUCACCAACCAUAACGACCUUACUUCUAAGCAGAACUUAUGUGCGAUAUGUCUGGAGGUUCUAAGUUACAGCUCUGGCAGCAGCCCAGGGCAAGCUAUUUUCACAGCUCAGUGUUCUCAUGCAUUCCACUUUUCCUGCAUAUCCUCCAAUGUUCGCCAUGGUAGCAUCACCUGCCCUAUUUGCCGUGCCCAUUGGACCCAGUUACCGCGCAACUUAAACCCACCUGCAUGUUCCCUCUCUUGCAACCAAAGUGACCCUGUUUUCCGUAUCCUGGAUGACUCCAUUGCCACCUUCCGGGUUCAUAGACGUUCCUUCCUUCGCUCAGCACGCUAUGAUGAUGAUGACCCUAUCGAGCCUGACCACACACAAAAUCAUCCCCGUCUUGAUUUAGCUCUGAUUCCCCUACAACCAGCAGUUUUGACUCACCCCUGCUGCUUUCGGCGUCAGUCCUGCUCACAUUCAUCUUCUUUGCAAAUGCCGGGCAUUGGGCACAACUCAAACCAUCAUCACCAUCAUCAUCACUUCAGCAGCUCCUCAUCAUCAUCUUUAUUGUUGCAACCUAGACAAACACCUUCCUACAUGUGCUCCUCCUCAAAUAGGAGACCUGCCUAUCUCUGCAUAAAAUUGACACAUCCACGAGCUACAGACAUGGUACUGGUUGCAAGCCCCAAUGGGCCACACUUGAGGCUUCUAAAACAAUCCAUGGCAUUAGUGGUAUUCUCCCUCCGACCAAUUGAUCGUUUGGCCAUUGUGACAUACUCAUCUGCUGCAGCGCGCGUCUUCCCUCUCAGGCGCAUGACAUCCUAUGGGAAGCGAUCAGCGUUACAAGUCAUUGAUCGUCUUUUCUACAUGGGGCAAGCUGAUCCAAUUGAAGGGCUUAAGAAAGGGAUAAAGAUACUUGAAGAUCGUGCACAUAAGAAUCCGCAGUCCUGCAUCUUGCACUUGUCUGAUAGCCCAACAAGAUCAUACCAUGCAAUGAACUUGCAAUUGCCUAUUCCAAUACAUCGGUUUCAUGUGGGAUUUGGCUUUGGCACCUCUAAUGGCUUUGUCAUGCAUGAAUUUGAAGAGUUUCUAAGACAGUUGUUGGGAGGUGUGAUUAGAGACAUUCAAUUGAGAAUUGGGGAGGAAGCUAAGAUCAUUAGGCUUGGGGAUCUAAGAGGGGGUGAAGAGAGAAGGGUUUUGUUGGACUUGGGCGAGUGUGUACAUGUGUCUGUGGGGUAUAGCUAUGUUGAGGGAGGAAAUGAUGAAUGCAUCAAAACAGGGGAAACGAUGGUGAGUAUAGAGGAUAAAAGGGAAACAGAUGAUGGCGACAGAGACACUGCUAUCAGCAUUGUUGGUGGAAGGACCAGCAGUGUUGAGGGUUGGGAUUACCAUGAUCCUUACAUGGCUAGAAGAUGGGCUAAGCAUUUGCAUGGCUACAGGUUCUGAAUCUGGAUCAACCAACCUAAAUCCUACCGUAGAUAUGGAUAUUUCAUUCAUUUCCUCGGGGAUUUUAGUCAUGUAGGACUUCUGAUCUCCUGAUCGUUCAAUCAAACAGCUAAUGCUCAGUGCAAAAGAUGUUUAUAAAUCCAAAUCUAAGAUUUAAAAAAUAUAUAUAAUCUAAAUUUUUUGCUCC